GGAGUGCUUAGUGAGGGGUGCGUGCACAUUGAACAAUUUUCCUAUAUUUUUUUCGUCAAAAUAUAUAAAUAAUAAUAUAAAAUCCAUACACACGGAUCUCCAAAGCAUAAUUAUUUCUUCAUCAUUACGUUAUUGAGGCUUGAAUAUGUUGAUUGUUUAAGACUCAGUCUUGUCUUUUUUAGCAUUUGUUUAUUCAAUCUACGAAGUGAAUAAAGUCACAUUUUUUGCCACAUAAAUAAUCACCAGUAGUUAACCAAAUUAAACAUGAAAAAGGAAUAGAAGAAAAUAAGAUCUCUCAUGGCACAGUCAAACUUUCUCAGUACUUGUUUCUUUAUGAUCCUAUGUUUAAACCUUGUACUCCUCACUCAAUCCUGUCCAAGUCGAUCAGAAAAAGCAGCCCUGUUCGUCUUUGGAGAUUCUUCAUUUGAUGUUGGAAAUAACAACUACUUCAACACUUCUUCUCGAGCCAAUUAUUAUCCAUAUGGAGAAACCUUCUUUAAGUACCCAACUGGAAGAUUUUCCAAUGGCCGUUUAAUCCCAGAUUUCAUUACUGAGUAUGCCGAGUUGCCACUGCUUCCACCAUAUUUACAACCUGGUUAUGUUGACUUUACAUAUGGAGUCAACUUUGCUUCUGCUGGAGCUGGUGCUCUACUUGAAACUCGCCAAGGAUUUGUCAUAAGCCUUGAAACUCAAAUUGGUUACUUCAAAAAUGUUAGCCAGAUAUUGAGGGAGAAACUAGGAGAUGCAGAGGCCAUUACUCUGCUGUCAAAGGCUGUUUACUUGUUCAGUAUUGGAGCCAAUGACUACUCGUUCCUUUUCGACACAAAUUCUAGUGCCCUUGAUUCUUUUUCAAGGGAAGAAUUUGUGGGGCUUGUGAUAGGAAACAUAAGUUCAGCAAUUGAGGAAAUAUAUAAGAUUGGAGGAAGGAAAUUUGGGUUUCAAAAUGUAAGGAGUAUAGCUUGUGUACCUUACGCAAGAAUUGUUGCAGCAGCAAAAUAUAACAUGUCCUGUUUGGAUCAGAGUACACCAUUUGUAGAAUUACAUAACAAAGAACUUUCCAAACUUUUACAAAAGCUAAACAAUCAGCUCAGAGGAUUCAAAUUUUCAUUGUCUGAUUAUUUCACUUUUGUAAAAGAAAGAAUGGAUCACCCUCUUAAAUAUGGUUUUAAAGAAGGGUUGGUUGCUUGUUGUGGGAGUGGACCGUACAGGGGAAUUUUCAGCUGUGGAGGGAAAAUAAUAAAAGAUUAUUAUUUAUGUGGUAAUGUAAGUGAGUAUGUGUUUUUUGAUUCAGCUCAUCCCACUGAAAGGGCAUAUCAGCAAUUUGCUGAGCAAGCUUGGAGUGGAAAGCCCAGCUUUAAAGGAUCUUACAAUUUGAAACAACUUUUUAAAAAUUAGUACAACUUUGUUGAGACAGAGAUCUUAUUUAGUUCCCACAUAUAUCAAUUCAACUGGGAGAUUUUUGGUGUUUGUUUCA